AUGUUCGAGUCUCUGCUGAUCCUGAUGGAUGAUAUUGACGCAGGGCGCAACCCAGAUGGCGUCGGCGAGGACUUGCUGGUGACCGUUGAGCCACGCACCUGGCUCGGGGACUCUUUCCGUAUCUUCGCCAGCAUCAAGGUCAUUCACAGUUUGUAA